GAACUGGUUUGUAAAUCUGUACCUGCAGCUUGGAGAAAAGAAACAGAUCAGUCACACACAGUAACCCUCAGAUGGAGAAUAAGAACUGUUUGCUACAGUGUUUUUCAGUCUGAUCUGGAUGUGAGUUUCUGGCAGGUGUUCACUCCACCAUGAAUGUGUCUGAGGAGAGUGAGGAUGGGGUCGGUACCUCUGAAGUGUUUAAGAAACACAACAGCCAGACUGGAGCUGAGAACCCAGUGAAGCAGGAGAGACCAAACUCACCUGUGCCCAGCUGUGUGUCCAUGAAGAGUGACCAGUCUAUGUUUGAGCCUGUUGUUUUCAAGGAUGGAGACCACUUGGACAAGCCAGUUCAAGUGAACCAGGAGAGACCAGACCCACCUGUACGCUUUAUGUCUAUGAGCAGUGACAAAUCUAGGGACGAGCCCAUUGAGUUCAAGGGGAAAGGGCCGAUUGUUGAGCCAAUAAGAGCUCACCGGAAGAGGUCAGUGGUUCUCUGUGAUCGAUCUGCCCAGAAGCAUCAAACAAACCUGGACUCCAUUUUUAUGCGGCUCGAAAAGAACAUGGUGAUUUUUGUAAAAAAUGAACUGAAAAACUUCAAGAAACUUCUGGCUCCAGAAGAUCCUGAAUGCUCUGAGAAGCAGCGAGAAGAUGAGGAAGUCGUGGGCGAUGAAGAACAGCAGAGAAACAGCAGCAGAGACGCAUUUCUGAAGAUCACACUGAACUUCCUGAGGAGAAUGAACCAGAAGCAGAUGGCUGACUCUCUGCAGAGCAAAACUCUUGCUGCAAAUUGCCAACGUAAACUAAAGUCUAACUUGAAGAGGAAGUUUCAGUGUUUGUUUGAGGGAAAUGCCAAAGCAGGAAACCCAACACUUCUGAAUCAGAUCUACACAGAGCUUUAUGUCACACAGGGAGAGAGUAGAGAGGUCAAUGACCAGCAUGAGGUCAGACAGAUAGAAGCAGCAUCACGAAAACCAUCAAGUUCAGAAACAACUAUCAGAUGUGAGGAUGUGUUUAAAACUUCACCUGACAGAGAAGAACCAGUGAGAACUCUGGUGACACAGGGAGUGGCUGGCAUUGGGAAAACAGUCUUAAUGCAGAAGUACAUCCUAGACUGGGCUGAAGACAAAGCCAACAACAAUAUACAGUUCAUCUUUCCAUUCACUUUCCGAGAGCUCAAUUUGCUGAGAGAGAAGAAGUACAGCUUGGUGGAGCUUCUUCAUCACUUCUUUACUGAAACCAAAAAAGCAGGAAUCAGCAGGUUUGAAGAGUUCCAGGUUGUGUUCAUGUUUGACGGUCUGGACGAGUGUCGCUUUCAUUUGGACUUCCACAACAGUGAGAUCCUGACUGAUAUUACAAAGUCGACUUCAGUCCAAGUGCUGCUGACAAACCUCAUCAGGGGGAAACUGCUUCCCUCUGCACGCCUCUGGAUAACCACACGACCUGCAGCAGCCAAUCAGAUCCCGCCUGAAUGCAUUGACAUGGUGACAGAUGUAAGAGGGUUCAGUGACCCACAGAAGGAGGAGUACUUCAGGAAGAGAUUCAGAAAUGAGGAGCAGGCCAACAGAAUCAUCUCCCACAUCGAGACAUCACGAAGCCUCCACAUCAUGUGCCACAUCCCAGUCUUCUGCUGGAUCAGUGCUGCAGUUCUUGAGAAUGUGUUGAAAACCAAAGAGAGAGGGGAGCUUCCCAAGACUCUGACUGAGAUGUACAUCAACUUCCUGGUGGUUCAGACCAAACAGGGGAAUAUGAAGUAUCACAGCAGUACGGUGACUGAUCCAGUCUGGAAUGCAGAAACCAAGAAGACCAUUCUCACUCUAGGAAAACUGGCUUUUGAGCAGCUGGAGAAAGGAAACCUGAUCUUCUAUGAAGAAGACCUGAAAGAGUGUGGCAUUGACAUAAAAGCUGCUUCAGUUUAUUCAGGACUAUUCACAGAGAUCUUAGACGAUAAGUUUGGGCUGAACCGUGACAAGGUGUUUUGCUUUGUCCAUAUGAGCAUUCAAGAGUUCCUUGCUGCACUCUAUGUCUUCCUGAUGUUCAUCAACACUGGUGUUGAUCUACUGAGAAGAGGCCCAUUCAACUCAGUGCGGCCUGCGUCACUACAUCCUAACUUCAAACACUUCUACCAUAGGGCAGUGGACAAGGCUUUACAGAGUCCAAAUGGACACAUGGACUUGUUUGUCCGCUUCCUCCUGGGUCUUUCACUGGAGACCAAUCAAACUCUCCUACGAGGCCUGCUGAAAACCACAGGAAGUACACCACAGGCCAAAGAGAUGCUGGUGCAGUACAUCAAGAACAAGAUCAGGGACAAUCCUUCUCCAGAGAGCAGCAUCAAUUUGUUCCACUGCCUGAAUGAGCUGAACGACCACUCUCUAGUGCAGGAGAUCCAACAGUACCUGAAAUCAGGAAGUGACCUUGAGAACAAGCUCUCUCCCUCUCAGUGGUCAGCACUCGUCUUCAUUUUAUUGUCAUCACAAAAAGAUCUAGAGAAGUUUGACCUGAAGAAAUUCUCUGCUUCAGAGGAGGGACUUCUGCGGUUGCUACCUGUGGUCAAAGCAUCCAAAACAUCUCUGUUGAGUGGCUGUAAACUCUCAUCGAGAAGCUGUGAAGCUCUGGUCUCAGUUUUGACCUCAAAGAACUCCAGCCUGAGAGAGCUUGACCUGAGUAACAAUGACCUGGAAGAUACAGGAGUAAUGCUGCUGUCAUCAGGACUCAAGAGUCCACACUGUAAACUGGAGAUACUGAGGCUGUCAGACUGUCAGGUCUCAGAGAAAGGAUGUAUUUUUCUGGUGUCUGCUCUGAACUCCAACCGCUCCCAUCUGAGAGAGCUGGACCUGAGCUUCAAUCAUCCAGGAGACUCAGGAGUGAAUCUGCUGUCCGCUGCAAAGGAUGACCCAAACUGCAAACUGGAAACUCUCAAGAUUGAUCAUUGCGGAGCGUGUCGACUAAAACCAUCACCCCUCAGGGAUUUCUGUGAGCUUCUACUGGACCCAAACACAGCAAACAGGAACCUCUUACUGUCUGAUGACAACAGACGAGUGAUGGUGGUGACAGAGAAGCAGCCGUAUCCUGAUCAUCCAGAGAGAUUUGACAACUGGACACAACUGCUGUGUAGCGAAGGUGUGACUGGACGCUGUUACUGGGAGGUAGAGUGGAAAGGAAGAGUUAAUAUAGGUGUGACAUACAGAGGAAUCAAGAGGAGAGGUGACAGUAAUGACUGCUGUCUUGGAUGGAAUGAUCAGUCCUGGAGUCUGAUGUGCUCUGCUCAGGGUUUCACUGCCUGGCACAAUAACAGACCAAAAGACAUAGCUACACAUCCACCCUCUGACUCUAAGAAGGUAGCAGUGUAUGUGGACUGGCCUGCUGGAACUGUGUCCUUCUACUGCCUUCCAUCCACUGUCUCUUGGAUUGAACAUAUCCACCUCCACACCUUCCACUCCACAUUCACCGAACCCCUCUACCCUGCAUUUGGAUUUGGACUAUCGAGUGAGUUUGUGGCUGGCUCCACACUCACUUUGUCACAAACUGAAGAUUGAAUGUUGUCUGCUGUGUAGAACAGUGGUUCCCAGAGUGCGUGUUGAGGCACCCUGGCUGUUUUAAAGAAGCCAUAUAAAAAUGGGUUUUCACUUUGCUUUAAUGUGUUAUGUAGAUUUGUUAGUUGUCUAAACAACACAGCAGUUGCCCGACUACAGUCAGUUCACAAUGCAGCAGCAAAACACUCACACACAUCACUCCAGUUCUGGCCAUCCACUAGAAUUCAAUUCAAGAUUAUUUUGAUUACUUUUAAAUCCAUACAUGACCUGGCUGCACUUUACACCUCUCAUCAAAAUCUGAUGAAAGUCCCUUCUCUGUCUUAGCUCCAAAGCUGUGCAACAAACUCCCCUGCAGUAUCAGGUCAGCUGAGUCAAUUUAAAAAGCUUUUAAAAACACACUUACAGACUGGCAUUUGUAUAAUGUUUAUAUUUCUCAAUAAUGUAUGAAUGAUAUUGAAUCUGCAGUUUGGCAGUUUUGGUUUGAAAAAUUAAUAAAUGUUGGCUCCGUGGCUGUAAUUCCUACUGUAAGAACAACUGACAUUGGACUGUAAAAGCUUGCCUUGCAACUUUUUGUGGAUAGUGGAAGGUAGCGGUCUGUAGGGAACUAUGCCAAUAAGUGCAAAAGACAUCUCAAGUACACAAAUACCUCUCUGAAGCAAAUAUAUUAAAUUGUAAUAUCAACUAAUAAAGAGAAAAGAAAAAUAAUCAAAACAUGAUGUUUUUUGUCUAAUUUUACUUUUGAAGAAAUACAUUUAACCUAUUAGCAUAUACCUCAAUCUUAUUUUUUGUUAAGUUUAAGUACAGUAUUUAUCUACAAAUCUGCACAGCAACAUAAAACUACUAACUUCUUUUACUUUGAGCAAAGUAUUUAAUACUUAAUAUUGAAACUGUUACAUAUCUUUACAGGUUGCAUGUGUAUAUUGUAUGUGUGGGGGUUGAGAAUCAGUUCAGCUUUUUUUUAAAUUUUGUAUAUUUAUGUGAUCACGUGCUUUGUGCUAUUAUCUUCUAUGUUUCACUGCUGCACAACCAAUUUCCAUUUAUGGACAAAUAAAAUAAAAUUAUUGAUUGAUUAACUAAA